CGUGGCUCGCUGGUGGUCAGCUAUCCUCGCUCAACAUGAAGGGUGGCAAACCAUUGCUAGGCAGGGCUCUGAUGGUGAAUACCUAGCACCCUGGGCAAUAUCGCGCACCUGUGAUGCAACUUUUGCCGUCAUCUGAUCCUGUCGUCCUCUCCACGCCCCUAUCAUCAGAUAGAGCUUUUGAUGCUCUCGCUCGAUUUUCGCUUUUUCAUGGGCAUAAUUACCACGGCUCAACCGCCAAAUUCCCAUUUCCCACUCCAUUCAAUACCUCGAAAUCAACUGUACAGCCCGACGAUGCUCCUCUAACAUGGAAAAGCUUAAAGGAAGAGCUUCCCUACUAUAUGACUCUGAGUUGUGGCCAGGAAACAAUCAUUUCAUGGGUCAUUUUGGGAACUUGGAGUCCCUUGCAACCUUGUCAGUCCUUGGCUGCAUCCAGUGCUUCAUGAGAUUUUCCAAGGACCAUCUACCGGAUAUAUCAAACUGCCAAUUAAAAGAGUAGUCUUGAAUCAAUAUCGCGCGAUGCUCACUAAAA